CCAAGAUGUUGAUGGCCGGGCGAGGCAGCGAUGCCGAUCGCACCAAAGUUCCCGCCGUCCAACCUCCUCCUACUCCUCCUCCCUACAGCACCUUUUCUCAGCUACCACCGACGGAAUCCUUAAUUUUCCCCUUUCCUUGUUGGAUUCUGUUUCAGUUGGGUACCAAUCUCAUCCGUAUUCGACUUUUGUGGAUGGGAUACCCAUGGCCAUGAGGGAUCCUCCCCUCCCUUUCUGCGGCAUUGGCAUUGGCUGGGCUUUGUUCGUGUCAGGUUUUUUCCUUGCUUCAAUUCCGUGGUAUGUUGGUGUUUUCAUUCUGCUCUUUGUUGCUACAGACUACAGAGAGAAACCAGGACUGGUUGCAUGUACAGUUGCUGCGGUUCUGGCACUCAUUCCUCUAAUCCUCAACGCCUUCAAAUUCCAUGUGUUCUGGUGACUUUCACACUAUGUAUACGCAUGUGUAUAUUGUUAACCUUUAUUCCUAACCGUGCAAUGUCUUAUUUUAAAUGCAUUACAUUUAAGCUGCUUAUUUGUUUUUAACACACGCAAACUUUUGCUGGCAUGGGACAUUUUUCCAUUAUAGUUGUGCAUUCAUCAACUAAAAGUGUUUUGCUUGCUGUAUCUUAUUCCUGAUUAUACCAGAAAAUGUUUCUGCUUUCUUGUUUGAAUUCAUGACAUUAUUAAUGUGUGAUGUUUACAUU